UGAUUUAAGGUAAAACUGGUAAACCAGGGUACAUUGCUCUUUUGGGGGCAGAGGAUCUGGGAUUUCUGUGAGUAGUCCAUGUCGGGCUGGCUAUCAGAGGGGAAUAUUCAGAGGGCCUCAGGGACUGGGGUGCACCUCUUGUUACCUGUAAGGCAAAGACAGGGCUGGUGGAGAGUGCUUGAAAGGCUGCUAAUGUUAGGGAGCUAACGCCCACCUCCUGCACCCAAGAACCAUCACACAGGGAAAUGUAUGAAAACAGCCAUUUAGAAAUAAGAGGAACCCUCUGGAGGAAGCAUUUUGACAGUGAUUGGUUGGAGGGCUGGGCUGAAGUUCAAGCUAUUUAUAAAAACGAUUGUGUUUCUUCCCUAUGCUCCAGAAUAAACUCAGAGAUUAAAAUGGAUUUAAUGAAGUGUGGUUUUUCCUGUUAUACCAAGUGCAACUGGCUUGAAUAGGCCCUGAAACAAGACCCCUUGGGAGAGUUUGGAGCUAAAUUUUGUGGUCCAGAGCCACGUUCUUAAUGCCAGGAUAAAAACACUUGAAUAUCACAUGCAUGGAUGCAGCUAAUGCAAAGGAUAGAUUGUUUAUUUUUAUUACAAACUGAGAGAGAAUCCUAGCUCAUCAUUGACUAAAAAUUGUCGUGGCUGGAGUUCAAUGUAUCCAGAAUGCUGAGGAUUGGUGCAAAGUUAACCAAUUAGGUAGCUUUAUGUAAAUAAAUACCUUAACUGGUAGUCUAGGGGACCAUAAUGGUAUCUUCUGGACUGCUAACUCAAUCUUCCUUUUAGAAUAUUAGUUUAAAUGAAAUGCCAUUUUUCUUAGAGAUUGUUUUGCUCUGUUAAUUGAAUUUACCAUGAUUUACCCAUUGCACCAAUAAAUCACCGUGCUGACCAAUAUCUUCCUAUUUUUAUUAAUAGAAUUUAUACGAAGCUAAUCACUUUCAGAUAGUCCUGACUUUUGCAAUGUUGUAAAAAUAAUAUACUAAUUGUAUAAAUACACAGCACAAAACCAGAGCUAAGAUACUUCAGGACAUAAACUAUAAAGGAAAUAAUAAUACAUUAUACCCUUGAAAGCUAUAUGUAUCUUUUGUGUGUACAGACCAAAUUUUAGGUGCAAAAAAAUUUUAGUCUCACAUUAUCAACAACAGCUGCUGGGCCUAGAAAGGGAGUGACAUUUAUAUAUACUGCGCUGCUGAUUUAUAAACGAUGGACCUGACUUUCAUGUACUUUCACCCACUUUGAUAAUGUAAAGGAGGGCCUUAAAGUGGGCAUGAAUUACAUUUACACUCGCAUUAAGGCUCACACUGCCAGAGCGGUAAAUUAAAUUUGGGCCCAGUAUGCAGAGGGAUCAAUGAACCCAGUACAAAAAUGCCACCACUUCUGGGGUGGAACAUAACAGCUGUUUAUAAGUGAACAAUAACAUGGCACAACAUUAUAGGAUUGGAGGGGAAGAAAGAUGUAUCAAAUUGAAAUACAGGAGGGAUUUUCAUGAUGUCAUCUUUUUUCCAAUGUCAAGGUUAAGUAGAGCUAUAUUCCAUUGGCUUCAUGGAUUAGGUAAGUACCUAGACUGCCAGUUGGCUCGAGUCUAGGCCUGUUUUACAGACAGGGAAACUGAGCCACAGAGAGGCAAAGUGACUUGCCCAAGGUCACCCAGCAGCCAAUGGCAGAGCCAGGAAUACGGUCCAGUUCUGAGUACUAGACUAGUGCUCUACCCCCUAGGCUAUGCUGUCUCUCAUCUGGCAGACCACUGCCAACUUUUGUGAUUCUUACUGUGAGCCUGGCGAUAGCUGGAGUUAAAAGCCCUAAACACCAAAGUUAGGGGAAUACACCAGAAUCUCAGCUUUCUUUUUUUUUUUUAAGUAAGUUUCUGUCCCUUAUGGUGGCAGAAGAAAACUUGUAAAGGUGGCCCUCAAAGGCUAGAAAGCCAAGAAAAAUAAAUCACCCCCAAUGUAUUCUAUUUAGAAGCUCACGAUUUUUAAGCAAUCUCAUGAUUUCAGGGGCCUGCACUCAUGAUUCUUGAAUACUUGGGGUUGCAAUGCUACAGAAGUAAGCAGGGGGCUGCAGUAUCUCUCUAACCCUGAGGAUUUGCCCCAUCUGUCUCCACAGGCACAAAGUGACCCCUCCCUGGCACUGCCAGCUUGCAGAGUGCCAAGUUCCCCAAGAACAGCUGUAUGGAGCUGGCAGGGAUUGGCCUUUGGAUCUGUGGGGCAAUCGCUGCUCCCUGUUUCAUCUACAAGGAGCAGGUGUUCUGGAUUCAGGCAGUGAUGUCAUACUCCCCCCAGCCUCCCUUCAUAAAGGGUUUGGCUGGUGAGUCAGGGCUUAUCUUCCUUUGGAAAUGAAGUGAAAUAGCUAGUCUGGAAUUCUUAUUCUACAAUAAUUCCAGACCAGAAAUCCUGCCAUAACUCCUCAUGUGGACUCUUAUUCCAGAGUAGCUGAUUUGAAGUAGGGUGCUGAGCUCGUUGGAGAGCUGUGGAAAUGGGUCUGAACUCACGUGCUACCUAUCUUGUUGCCCUAUGGACCAGCCAUCUGUUUCUCCUGACAGCUGGGCACUCAAGGGUGAAUCCUAGAAUUAUUACAGCUCCAAAAGGGGAGAGACGCUUUCUGCUGGACAAGCAUGAGACUCUCACAACUCUCUACCAUGAGGAGGGGAAUUCCUCUCUCUUGGUGGGAGCAGAGGGAAAGCUCUACUACUUCGACUUUGAGAGCUCCAGUAACCACACGGAGGACUUCCCUGCACAUGAUACAGAAGCCUGCCAAAAGCCAGAGGAGAAGAAGAACUACCUGACUUUCAUUGGCAAGUACAACGACAUGCUGUUGUUAUGUGGGACAAAUGCCUGCAAGCCCACCUGCUGGAACUUGGCCGAUCGGAAUAAAGAUGGAGAAGCCGCCCAGGGCUUGGCCCCUUUUGUGCCUAACCAGAACUCCCUGGUCCUUGUUGAUGGCAAAGACAUCUAUUCCACCAUCAGCUUGCACCAGCACAAUGGGAAAAUACCCCGCUUCCGCCAGGUCCGAGGGACUGGGGAGCUCUACACCAGCGAUACAGUGAUGCAGAACCCGAAGUUUGUGAAAGCCACUGUCAUCAAGCAAGAUGAGCGCCAUGAUGACAAGAUCUACUAUUUCUUUCAAGAAGACAAUCCGGACAAGAGUCCCGAGGCCCCGUUAAAUGUCUCCAGAGUGGCCCAGCUGUGCAAGGGUGACAAAGGGGGCACCAGCUCCCUCUCUGCUUCCAAGUGGACAACCUUCCUGAAGGCCACGCUGGUCUGCGUCAACCCGGCCACCAAGGGCAACUUCGACUUGCUGCAGGAUGUCUUCAUUGUCCCGUCAGACAAGAACUGGAGGGAAACCAGAGUGUAUGGACUCUUCUCCAACUCCUGGGGGUACUCUGCCGUUUGUGUCUACACCAUCGGUGACAUUGACACUGUGUUCCGGACAUCGAAACUCAAAGGCUACACUAAGGACAUGCCCCACAUCCGUCCUGGACAGUGCCCUUGGGGCAGAAAUCAUACCCCUCCCGAGACUUUCAAAAUAGCUGACCUCCACCCGGCAGUGGAGGAAAGGGUGCAGCCUGUUGCCCCAAGGAAUAGUCCCCUAUUCCACAACAAGAAUCGCUACCAGAAAAUCGCGGUGCAUCGCGUCCAGGCGAGGGAUGGACACACCUACAACGUCCUCUAUUUGGUGACAGACAAAGGGUAUAUCCACAAAAUAGUGGAGAUGCCGCACGGCGUCCUGAACAUCCUGGAGAUCCAGCCCUUUCAACAGCCAGCUCCCAUCCUGGCCAUGACCCUGGAUCACAGAAGGGCAAAGCUCUAUGUGAGCUCACCAAGCGAGGUGGUCCAGUUGCCCAUGGACAUGUGCGAGGUAUAUCACAGGAGCUGCGAGAGCUGCGUCAUGGCAAAGGAUCCCUACUGCGGCUGGGCAGACGGGAAAUGCGUCUCCGUUAAAGCUAACCUGACAAUGCUACAGAACUUGACCUUGGAGUCCUCACCGGAAAUAUGUCCCCAUUCCAGCUUCAAAGAGCAGGAAGUGGAUAGCCUGGAGAGCUACCGGAACGUCACUGUGGCACUCUUCUCCCGCUAUUUCCUGUACUGCCCCACCGAAUCCCAUGCCGCCACCUACAAGUGGCACCACAAUGGCAGCUGCAUCCAGAACUGCUCCACCCACUGGCCCUGCUUCCACUUCAUCGAGAACGUGACCCACGACCGCUACGGGCGCUACACCUGCAUCUCAGAGGAGAACGGCUUCUCCCAAACCCUCGUGAGGGAAUGGCUGCUGAAGCAACCUAAGCCCUCCCAGACUUUGAGGUGGAAGAGCCAGGCUGUGGCCACCUCCCCCUCCUUCUGGCUGGGCUUCCUGCAGGUGAUGGCUCUUGCCCUGCUGUUCCAGUGAAGGGGUGGGGUGGUGUCCACGCCCAUGGGCCAGGACUCACCAUCUGGGCUACUGUUGAUCCUCUUCACCUUCUUACCAGCACCUCAGAAAGGAAGGGAUAGCCCCAUCCCAGUGGCUGCUCUCUGGACAUUCAUCUUUGUGCAUCUCGGCCCCCUCUUAGCUUCGUAAGUGGCAUCCCUUCCACUCCAAGCAGAUGGAUUCCACCCCCCACAUGUCCAUACCUAUCGAUUCCAUCAUGGCAGCUUCAUGCCGGAAGGUGUUUUAGGGACACUGAAUGGAGGGGAUGAAACCAGCCCAGAUCCCUGUCCUGAUUCCAUGCAGCACAGGAGCUGAGGCCACCAAAGAGAGUGGGCAGGACUGGACUGAAGCUAAUGCCACCAAAGAGAGUAACGCAGGGGGCUGAUCUGACUGUGUCUAGCGCAUAGGCGCCGACUCUGUGAGUGCUCCAGGGCUGGGGCACCCACGGGGAAAAAUUAGUGGGUGCUCUGCACCCACCCACAGCCAAGCUCCCUCCGCCCCUCCUCCUCCUCCAGGGGAGAGGCAGGGCCGGGGCAGGGAUUUGGGGAAGGAGUUGGAAUAUUGGCAGGGAGGGGGUGGAGUUGGGGUGGGGACUUUGGGGAAGGGGUGGGCAGGGGUGGGGCCUUAUGGAAGGGGUGCAGUGGGGGUGAGGCCAGGGGCAGUGUUGGGGUUGAGCACCCACAGGGAAGAGAGGAAGUUGGUGCCUAUGGUCUAGCGAGGGAGGGAUGUGCACACAAGGGAACCUAGGCUCAGGGGAGAGGAAGGGGGCAAAACAAAGGAGAGUGGAGUCGUGGUUUGGGACAGAAGAUGUGCAGGAGGUGACGUUGGCAGGGAAUGGAGGGGGCUGUCAGGCAGGAGGGGUGGAAGAGAUGGAAAGACCAUUUUAAUAAGUGUUCUGCACUAGAAGAGGAGGGGGCUGCAGAUUGGUCAGCAGGGGGUCGGGGAAGGAUCCUGCCUUGGUGUUUCUCCCCUGAAAGGGAAAGGCAGAGCAAUUGCUGUAGACAGCAGCAGCCUGUGGGGCAGGGAGAGCCCAGCUAAGCAGGGAGAAGAGUCAGUCCGGCUGCGCCGGGGGAGAUGAGUCAGGAGAGGCACGUGGAUACAGAGGAUGAGCUGCAUUAAUUCAUGCAGUUGUCCUGGGUUCCUGCAGACUCUGAGCAUGUGGUGAGGAUUAAGGCUGGGGGGGGAUCUGCUGGAAUUGCCCAUCUUGACGGCUUGUUGGUCUUGUCUAAUGUUCUUGUUGAUACGUUUUUGGAAACCAUUAUCUAUUCCACUCCCAACCUGCCCAGUCAGAGUCCAGGCAAGUCUCCUGGCUUGUCUCCGAGAGAUUCCUCUCUAAGCAUAUGGCUACAGACACCUGCCAGUAGAUACCUGCCAUUGACCCGUGCCAGCUGACUCGGGCUUGCAGGGCUCGGGCUAAGGGGCUGUUUAAUUGUGUAGACCUUGAGAUCUUGAGCCAUUCCCCUUCACAGGAUCCUAGAGCCCAGGCUCCAGCCCGAGCCCAAAUAUCUACACCACCAUUACCCUAAAGCACUGUGCAACUCCAGGGCCCUGGAGUAUUGCUCACCAGAAAAGGAGAUGCUCUUGGGAGGGGUCAGAGAGGCCUGGGAGAAAUGCAUUUCAGUUUUGUGUGUGUGUGUAAAUACCUUUUGAGUGUGAGAGCAGAUCAUUGUGUGUGUGUGUGUGUGUAAAUCCAAUAGCUGAGCACCUCUGUGUGGGUUUGUUAGUGGAUCAUCAGGGUAUAUAAGGAGCUGGUCACCUGGAUAUUACAAUCAUUUGUGAUCGAUCCGAGUGUGAAUGGGUGUGCCUGCAAUAGAACUGGAGCUAGGCCUGAGUCCUGUGAAGUUCUGGAUCUGCACGUCUCUCAAGGUCAGGGGGCAGGUCGCUCUGGCGUCUCGUUGAGCCAGCACAGUGACAGGAGCUAGCCACGAAGUAGCAAGCUGUCUCUGAACAGCCCCAGAGUAGGAAAUAGCCUCAGAUUCGGGGGUUGUUUUGUACCCAUCUCUAUUCAGAGAUUUGGGUCCAAAAAUAAUACUAAAUUUUUUUAUACCUUAAAUUGACUUCUUCUUGCUUAACCUUUUUAUAUUGAGUAUAUACACUAGAGAAAAGCAAUCCGGAAUCGGCACUAGUGGCCCUGCCUGUAGACAGAUUAGACAGCAAUACCCACACGUAGCACUCAUGAGCCUGAGCUGGCUUUAAGCAGGGCUGUGUGCAAAGGAGAAAGAUGUGCAAGAGGAACUCGGAUACCGUGGGGAUGAGUGUGGUGAUGGAUGGAUGAGGAGACUUUCCUGGAAAUAAUCCAGUUCUGGUGUCAAAUUCUGGCUUUGUUGACCUGCACACAUGUCCCUCUAAAGUUUCUGGGAGCUGCUGGCAUGUAUCGGAGGACAAAAUGUAGACCUUGAUACCCAAGUCUGAGUCUCAUCAAAAUUGUUCAAAAGAGUCUUGCCUUCUCAGUGAUGCUAGAAGGAGUUGAUUGUUUCUGAUCAUUUCAGCUCAACUAGUGAGAUUAGGAUAAACUGUGAAAUAAGCAGAAUUCUCCUUAGGCUGUGGGCAUUGCGUGCUUUGUCAGUUUCCUGGGCAUUGGCCACCCAGCCAUGGAGCAUAUUUUGCUGCACUACGUUUUCUGAUAUUCGCAAACCCUUUCUUGUGUGUUAUACACUGGUUCUGUUACAGCCUUUCUCAAAGCACUUUAGUAUCAUAAUGAUGUGACUAUUAAAAGGCUUAUUUAUUAUCUGUUUCCAUGUUAAUUUUGCAUCGCACUGUUGUAGAGGGGGAUUUUUUAAAGUUCCCCUCCCCCUCAAAAAACCUCUCAAUAAAGCUGUGACUUUUCAUUAA